GGUGGUGAUGAUGAUGAUGAUGAUGAUGAUGAUGACGAUGAUGAUGAUGGUAAUGGUGAUGAUGAUGAUGGUGGUAGUGGUAGUGGUAGUGGCAGUGGCAGUGGUGAUGAUAAAAGCAAACUGAAAUAG